ACGCCACGGCGUACGGUCAUCAGUAAGAGAGGCCUCCUGACCUGGAGCUCCGAGGACAUGGACAGUCUGACCGAGGACAUUGAACAGGCGUCUACGCCCAAGAAGAAACGCCUGUGCAGGAUGAACAGCCAGGAUGGAAUGACGAGUGAAAACGGAGACGUUUCGACCUGUCCGACACCUCGCUGGUGCCACUCCAUGUGUCUGAGUGACCCCCACACUGCCCUCCUCAUGGGUGGGGAGACGUCAGAUCAGAGCUUCUGCAGGGAUUCUUUGUGGAAGCUUAACUUAGACAGUGACCUCUGGUUCCCCAUGAACUCCUCGACCCCUGGUCCGGUACCACUGUGCUCCCGAGGACACUCUGCCACCUACGAUCCCGACUCCAGUUCAGUGUGUGUUUACGGUGGACUGAGGGAGGGUCAGCGCUACAGUGAGCUGUACGUCCUCAAUACUCUGACCUGGAAAUGGAAGCUCAUCAAUGCCAAAGGCAACAUUCCGACGUUGGCGUAUCAUUCCGCCGUGUUUUAUAAGAAGGAGCUCUUUGUCUUCGGUGGAAUCCAUCCUGGACAGUCGUCUGGAGAAAAGUCCUGCAGUAACGCUCUUUACAUCUUCAACCCGGAGUUUGAGCUCUGGUACAAGCCCAUCGUGGAGGGGGACAGACCGCUGCCUCGGUUUGGACACUCGGCCACACUGCUGUCACAGAAGUUGGUAAUAUUUGGUGGACGAAAAACUGCGACCUAUCUGAACGACCUCCACGUUUUAGACUUGGGUUUUAUGGAGUACACAGCUGUGAAGUCUGUGAACAUGCCUCCGCUGCCUCGAGGGUUUCAUGCUGCUCUCCCAGUUACAGACAACAGGAUUGUAGUCAGCGGCGGCUGUAGUUCAAUUGGAGUUCUACGGGACGUUCACGUCUUUAACGCCGAUACCAACACGUGGACCGCGGUGGCGUGUCCGGCGCUGUGCUCCAGACCUCGUGCAGGACACAGCAUGAUCACUGUGGGCUGCUCCGUCCUCACAGACACGGAGAACCACGAUCCGGGCAACAAGACCAGAGUCUACUGCACGCUGCUGGUGUUUGGUGGAUCGGACUGUUCCGGUACUUUCUACAAUGAUACAGUCAAAUGUACAAUCACAGUUCCAUAAGGAACACUAAUGGACCGUGUCAUUACUGAAAGGUUAUCAUCAUCACCAUCUUUAUCCAGAUGGACAGAGUAUUUCUCCCUGUAUUUGUGUACCAGACGUCCCUGUGGUAUCUUCAUACCUCUCCCACACGUUUGCCUAACAAAUCACUGAUCUACAUGUUCAUGACUUGGACUUCCUGUUGGGAAUUAGCAGCUGCAGUGAUGCAGGAAAUUGGAUUAUUGCCGUGCAGUUCUCUUCCCUCUUGAUGACAAAUACUGCAGUGUCAGAAUAUAUUUAUGCUGAAAUACUAAUAAAUAUUUUAAACUUAAGUGAUUAAAGUAAA